GUAGACACCGUACAACGCGUGUCGCGUAACGUUUCAAUUCGUGAAAAGUAAAGCCGAACGAGAUUCGGUAAGAAUUUAUACUUUGGUCAGGUUAUAGCCAUUAACAGAUGAUUACCAUGCGUGGAAAAUGGAUUUCUCUUUUCGGCUUCCUAUUCACUCUGAUACAUCUUUCGUGUCAGGAAGCCGACGCAGACGCGUUAUCGAGUUAUUACACCGCAGCAGUGGUCGAAUUUUCACCGUAUUAUAACGUUGUCAACGGUUCGUACACCUUGGAGAAGAAUACCGACGCGUACAUCGAGUACAUAGAGAAGGCGAGCGAGCAGAAUGCCGACAUUAUCGUCUUUCCGGAAUAUGGAUUAACAUCGAUGAACAUGCCUAGCAGAUCACGGAUGGAUCCCUGGACAACGGUGGUUCCUUCCGUCCUCGAUGAAUACGUUCCCUGCACAGGAAACGAUGUGAACGUCAGCCCAACGCUGCAAAGGUUGUCGUGUGCCGCCAGAAAAAAUCGCAUCUACGUGGUAGUAAACCUCGCCGAGAAAGAAUACUACACCCAGCAACAGGGCUGUUCCUCAAACGCGACACGUUACUACAAUACCAACGUGGUGUUCGAUCGAACGGGAAAAAUAAUUGCCAGGUAUCGUAAGGUGAAUCUCUACAUGGAGAAACGAUACGAUCCAGUCGAAACACCGGAUGUCGUCACUUUCGACACCGAUUUCGGAGUGACGUUCGGCACCUUUAUCUGCUUCGAUAUAUUAUUUCCGGUACCGGCCCUGAACUUGACCAGAAUGCAAGGAAUUACGGACAUUGCCUAUUCCACUGCCUGGUUCUCCGAAACGCCGUUUUUGACCGCCGUUCAAACACAAUCCGGAUGGUCUUUUGCCGAAGACGUGAAUUUCCUGGGCUCUGGGUAUCACAGGCUGCAGGGCGGCAGCGGAGGGAGCGGCAUUUAUUUGGGUCGUGACGGAAUAGUCAACGCGACCUUUUCCCGCAACUCCGGACUCUUGAUCUCUCGUGUCCCAAAGAAGAGCGACUCGAGAGAAAUCCAAAGAGAAACACCCAAGGAGGGUGUUUACGUAAUUACUAGUAAGGAAGAAAGCAAGGAAAAAGGAACGGCCGAUUGGAUACAGUUGCUACACGAUAACUACACCUCCUUCGAAUCCGUUCGGCUCGGCGACAACGUUUCCUUCACCGACACUCUUUGCCACCGGAAAUUCUGUUGCGAUUUCCACCUUCGUACAAACACCAUCGUCGAUACUUCUUCCUCCUCCGUCAAUUAUCGCGCCGUUGUUUUCAACGGAGUGCGAUACUACGGUACCGAAGCAGAAGCCGGCGUUCGCCUCUGUGCCGUGAUACUAUGUUCCAACGACUCGAUCUACUCUUGCGGUCUUGUCGACCAGUCUAACGUUACUUUUACCAAUUUAACCAUCGCGACAACCUUCCACGAUUACCCCCAGAUUCUGGCCAUGCCCACCGUCCUCAGCCCCACCUUGAUUCCAUUCCAGCAUUGGACUUACGCUGAACGUGCAAAGGGAGCGCGGACCCACCUCACCCUCGCUUUGUCAAAAUCGACCAACGACCUCGUUACUUUCGGUAUAUACGUCAGAGACUUUACCAAAGACAAAUGGCAUACCCAACCCGCUUCCUCUUCCUUUACCAUGCCCCUCCCUGUCUCCUCCUUCUCCUCCUCCUCCUCCUCCUCCUCCUCUAACCGCGAAUCGUAG